AUGGGGGGGUCCUGUUUUUUUUUUGGGGGGGGUGUAUCACAUCCUGGCACCCCCCCACCUCCAACGUGGUGGGGAGCAAGGAGAACCCCUCAAUGCUAUUUUUGGGGGGGGAGAGGACACAUCCCAGCCCCCCCCACCCCCUGCCUUGCUGGAGUGGGGGGGGGCGCACCCUUCAGCCCUAUAUUUUUUUGGGGGUGCCCCCCCCAAUCCCACAGGUAUGUGUACUCCUGGCACUGCUCCGAUGGCCCUGGUUUCUCCUGUCCUCUCCUGGUGGACACCACCGGUGCUUAUUUUCGCCGCGACGGCAUCGCCGGCAACUACCUGGGUGGCAUGAGCCCCCCCGAGGAGGAAGAGCCGGAUCCAGGCGAUCUCUCGGUGGAUCACGAUUACUUCCAGGAGCAGGUGUGGCCCAGGCUGGCCCAUCGCGUCCCGGCUUUCGAAUCCCUACGUCUCCGGAGCUCUUGGGCGGGCUACUACGACUACAACACCUUCGACCGUAACGGGGUGUUGGGACCUCACCCCAAAUUGGAAAAUCUCUUUUUGGCCGCCGGUUUCAGCGGCCACGGGCUCCAGCACGCGCCGGCUGCCGGCAGGGCCGUGGCCGAGCUGGUGGUGAAGGGCCAGUACGAGAGCUUGGACCUACGGAGAUUGGGGUGGGGGAGGCUGGUGGAGGGGAAGAGGCUGGAGGAGGACGGGGUGGUGUGACCUGGGGGGGAAACUGAGGCACGGAAUGGGGAAACUGAGGCGCAACAC